CACGUGACCACUCUGAGGAAGAGCGCUAGUGAGCAGUCGAAACAGUCAGAGGCAGCAGUGAAUGAUCCGAUCCCUCAGGAGCUGACUGGAGCGCUCGGCGUGAAGCCUCUAGUGAAGUCCAAAGCCGCUGCGUUCACGCGCUCGUUCCUGAAGAAGAGUUUAAAGGAGAAUUCGAAGUCUGACGUGGACGACAUCCUCAAACAUAAAUCUCUGAUAAUGGGAUUCGCCCGCUCCAAGAAAGACAAACCCAAGAACAAGAAAGCCAAAGGACUCAAUGCCAAACAGAAGCGGGACAUGAAGAUCUUCACCAUUAAACCCGAGCAUCAGAAAUAUGAGCUGUUCCUUCCUCUUCAUGAACUCUGGAAGCAGUACAUCAUUGACCUGUGCAACGGUCUGCAGCCGACAACUAAUCCACAGUUGGUUCAGGGGAAACUUUUAAAGGCAGAUUUCCAUGGUGCCAUUAUUAAAGUGGUUCGCUCCAAAUGCGCCUCGUACGUCGGCCUGACCGGGAUUUUGAUUCAAGAAUUCAAGCACGUUUUCAAAAUCAUCACCAAGAAAGACGAAUUAAAAGUGAUCCCGAAGAGGCACAGUGUGUUCGAGAUCGAGGUGAACGGCUUCGUGUCUCACAUUUACGGGAGCAGGAUCGAGCAGCGAGCGAGUGAAAGAUCGGCCAAGAAGUUCAAAUCCAAAGGAGCCAUCGACAUUUGACCUCUGACCUCCUGUAUAUAAUGUCAACACAAGGACUUUUCUGGACAUUUUAUUUUCGUUAGGUAGUUAUUUCAUUUUAUUAUUUUCAACCUGUGGACUGCGGUCGCUGGAGCUACAUGGACUCAUUGUAUUUGCCCUGUUAUAAUUCAGGUUUGAAAAUGUUAAAAGCAUCAAUCUAUUUUGCAAUUCAUCUGGGUCAGUUCAUUGGUUUCUGCUUCCUGUUUCAUGCCACAUUUUGUUUUGAACUGUUAAUCACUAUGGCAACAGCCCUAAUAGUUUGUUAUUAUGAACCCACAGGACCUUUAUAAACUAAACUAAACUAGACCCAAAAGUGUUUUUUUCCCCAAACUAUUGAUAAAUUAUUUCAUACCUGAUUAAAAUAUUGAUUUUCAAAUUGAAGAA